AUGCUGGCUGGUGUUGUGUGUGUAUUGCACGUCAGCUGAUUCAGUAGGUUGAAUUGAUGGAAAAAUUAGCAAGUGAAGACCUAGCGAAAACGACGUGACGUUAGAGACGUUGGGUAAAGUAUUUCUUCAAGAAAAACGACGUAAUACGUGAAGUGGAUUUUAUCGAACGACAAGUAUCCGCAUAAGAACUCUAACUCCAGAAAAUAGUGAUAUCUCAGGUAAUCAUUCAAAUGGAGAGUGUCUGAUAGAUUUUUUAUCAUCAACUAUAUGUAUAUUAUUAAAUUUGGUGUUUACAUGAAUGUGAUAUGAGAUUAUAUAGACAAGGCAAUUUGGUUUAUUACGGUAUCAGCAAUUUUUCAACAUGGCUACUGUACCAUUAAUGUUUGCGGAAGAGGAUAUUGAGGGAGGAGGCAAGGAGGAUUCUUCACAUGGAAUACAGAAUGAUUUCGCUUAUCAUAAUAAUGUCCAAAAUGCAAAUAUCAAGAUCCGAAUGGCCUUUUUGCGUAAGGUCUAUGGUCUGUUGAGCGUUCAGCUACUUAUGACAAUUGUUGUCGCAGCUGUAUGCAUGUUGAGCACACCUGUGAAGUUGUUCAUUCAUCAGAACGAAUGGAUGAUCGGACUGUCAUUUUUCAUGACACUUGGAAUUUUGAUGGCCUUAGUUUUCAAACGAAGAGAGCAUCCCAUGAAUUUGAUUUUGUUGGGUGGAUUUACUAUUGUUCAAUCAUAUACUGUUGGUGUUAUCGUUACAAUGUACGAUCAAGCAGUGGUUCUUGAAGCAUUAUUCAUUACAAUGACAGUGGUUGCUGGUUUGACGGCUUACACAUUCCAAACUAAGAAAGACUUUUCAUUUUUAGGCUUUGGAUUAUUUGCUGGUCUUUGUGCACUAUUAGUUGGUGGCAUGAUACAACUCUUUGUGCAGAGUACGGCACUUGAAUUGCUGAUCAGCAUCGGAGGUGCUUUAUUAUUUUCGAUGUUCAUAAUAUUUGAUACGCAGCUUUUGAUGCGCACACUGUCACCUGAGGAGUACAUUCUCGCAACCAUCAACCUCUACAUGGAUAUAAUUAAUCUAUUCUUGCACAUUCUGCGGGCUCUGGCUGCCUCCAGGCAAUAGAUAAAUUUCUACCACUGAGCAAUUCUUGAGAAUAAGUACAAAUGUUUAUUUGUCUGAAAAUUGAAAAUUCAACAUUGUACACUAGAUUGGAAAGUCGAUUCUUUGGGGAGUACCGUUAAACUUAUUUCGUAUUUAAUUAACGAACAAUUGCUCUGAGCCAGCUGUAAUACUUUGUCCGUAUGCUCAUUAGUAUACCAUAAACAUACAAGGUAAAAGUCAUAUGGUGUAUUAAUCCGGGACAGAAACUCGAUGGAUUUUUCAAUCUUAGUGUAGAUUAUGAAAGAUAGAAAGUAUGGUCACAUCGAAGUUACCAUCUUAUUUUACUGAAGUAAUAUACAAGUUACUGCGACAUUCGGCUUGUUGAUUCAUGAAUUGUUAGGCUUUCUUGCUCACUGUCAAUGGUCAGACUUUAUGCAUCUACUCCAGAAAGUAUUCAAGGGGCACAUUUCUGACAAACCUUCUUAGUGUCCACGUUUUCACUUGUCUAGAGAAUAUUUGACACUUUAUGCGUGUUAAAUGAUUUUCAUCAUUUAUAAAGUUAAACGAAUAUUUCGACCAAAAAAUAGCCCGAAAAUUUCGGCUGAAAAUAAAAUUUUCUUGCAAGAUA